UACAGAUACUGAAGACUCAGCCAGAUGCAGCAUAUCAGAUAUCACAACAAGUGGGUUGGCAAGAUACUUUGGUCAGACUUUUUUUAAAAGCAGAUUUUAAAAAUGGAAAUUUUCUUCAUAAACAUUGUAGGAGUGUUUUAAUGAAAGAAAAUAAAAGUCCAUCUGGUGAAGACACUAAUGGUAACUUUGAAAAAACAGAUGAAGAAAAAUUCAACUCUUUUACCUCAGCUAAUAUGUCUUCAGAUUAUUGGAGCACUGAGGAUAAACACUCUCUAGAUUUAAACACACCAUUAUUUCAAGAAGAUAGUUCUGUGGGAGAACUGUCAUUCAAAUCAGAUAAUCAAGAAGAAUUCUGGCAUAGUAACCCUUCACAUUUGAGUUUAGAUCUUACUGGAAUUGACUCUUGUGAACCGAGUGAUAGUAGAAGCCAAAUGGCAGACAGCCUACCUAGCACGCCAUCUCCCAUAGAGUCUAGUAAGUCAUUUCCUGUGCAGUCUGACAAAGAAGGUAGCAUCACCAACGAUAGCGGCUUUAGUGAUGACUUCUCUUUACUGGAAAACCAGGAGAGAUGUGAGGAAGAACUUAUUCAAUUGCUGACAAGUAUUUUGAAUUACAUAAUGUGUAAGGGACUAGAAAAGUCUGAUGAUGAUACUUGGAUUGAAAGGGGACAAGUGUUUUCAGCACUGACGAAACCAGGAAUAUCUAGUGAGCUACUUCGACCAUCAGAUGAAAUAAAACUAAUGUAAGCAUUCACUUUGAUUUUUAAUCUUCUUUUUGGAAUUGUCAGGAGACUAAAUUGGUAUUGGUUAUUGAAUACAUAUGUAGGAUUAAGUGGA